AUGGCAGGAUGCCGUGCGAAAGCCUACUUUUGUCUAGUAAGCGGGACUUCUACAAAAUUAAUUGGUAUAAGGGCCGCGGCAUCCUCUCAGGCUCGAACCGCGCAUGGCGGGAAAAGGUUUACUGCCUUGCGUCAAGCACAAUCGCGCCUUGUAUUAUCUGCCUCUCGAGUUCGAAAGGCAACACAACCAAAUCUGUGUUCAACUCGAGGGUUACAUCAGACCCAGGCAAUAAACGCAGCUCAUGUAUCUUAUGAGCUACCUGCAACGGUGGCGUAUGAAGAGCUGGAUGUCAUCUCCGACGGGUUGUGGAAGCACGUAAUCGAGCUAUGGGAGGCAAAGCGACUCAAUGAAGCUCUCGAACUCUGCAAGACUCGGCUUUCAGAUCCACACGCUCAUGUACCCCAGCCUUGCGUAGCGACCUCGUCGCAACUACGGGUCAUGGGAGAGUUUCUCCUCGCAAACAUUCUUCUAGAACUACAUAUAAACGAAGACGCGAAACAGCCGGACCUGACCAAAAAUGGCGAGAUUUUGCGGAUGCUCCAGAGCGCAAAGUCUGGUUUCACUACGCAUUUUCCACUUCAUCUCGGCGCGCUCAUCGUCACGACACAGGCUCUCGCACAGGCUCUCGACAGAGAACAUCUCUACAAAGAGGCUGCGGAUGAAGGGAGAAAUGUUGUUCGGUUGUCAGAUGCUCAUCUGAAGAUCCUACGCAAAGAUGUUAAUGCGAAGGAGGAACAGGUCCAGGGUGCACAUCUACGUUUCAUAUGGGCGCAGACCAAAUACUGUGAAUAUGCAUCACAGUCGGGGUUAUACUCAGAGGCCUUGACUGCCAUAACGGCAGGAGUAGACUCGAUGCAAGAGUAUAUGCGACAGUAUCCCAUGGACCAAAAGGCAGAUACCCUUUAUACGGCUCUGUUUACGGCCUACUCUCUGGCUCUCGCAAACACGGCAAAGAAUGAAGCCUCGCUACUUGCGGCAUCCGACGCAGUCAAGAAGACAAGGCAACUCCUCAAUCGUAUAAAGGAAAAACAUCCCGACGGAAACGCUCCCGAGUUGCACACCGCCGUAGUCAUUGACGCACUUUGCUCGGUGAUAUUUGCAGUGCACAUGGAGAGUUGCAAGGUCAAGGAGUUUCAGGGGAUGGAGAUGAGGGCCAUUUGCUUGGAAGCUUGCGAUGCUCUACGGCUAGAGUCUCGACUACCAGAGACUCGAAGCGAAGGAAUUCCCCUCGACUUUGACCCAUCCAUCGGAGCAUGCUAUAGCAUUGCGCUUCUGCAGCUCAGCUCGACGUUGGAUGAUCCACGUGAACAAAUCACGAUGAUGGAGCGCGCCUUCGAGGUCAUUCUCAUGAGCAAGAGUCCAGACACGCAAGUUUACCAAGCCUAUAGCAAAGUACCGUCUACGGUCGCGCACGAAUACUAUAUAAAAACGCUUUCUCCGGGCUCGUACGACUUUUGCGGUUCAGAGACCAUGUCUGCCAUACUUGGCAAGCUGACGCCGCUUCGCAUUGGUGAGGUCAAGAGGCUGAUCCAAAGCGAGUGUUCAACGGAGGAGACGAAUCGAAUUCGCUGGUCGAUUAGUACCGAACUUCAAAUUGCCUUUAACCUUGCCUCUCACAUGCAGGGUCUAUGCACGGUGGAUGUCGAAGUGAGGGGCACCCAAGCUGCCCUCACGCGGGCGCUCAUCAAUCGUGGGCUAUACGAGGCCAUCGACUCUUCCGAUGCGGCUAGCGCAACGUGGAGAGAGGCCAAUACGGUCUUGAUUAAGAUGGGCAUGAUGUCUCCGAAGGAGCCAGAUCUCAUCGAACAAGAGCGCUUGGAACUAUUGAAGAAGGUGGAGGAUUGUCUUUCCGGUAAUGUCUAA